CCUUACCCUUUACUUAACGUACAACUCGGGGAAUCAUUUUAGGAUCUACUUUUCAUCAGAAGUUGUUUUUAAAAGCCGAGUUUGUCGAUAUAUUGAUGAUUUUCUGUGGUGCGAGCGUCGUCGUCUGGACGUUUGAAGGUAUGGACGCACCCGCCAGCCCGCAGACAGAGCGCUCGUCCGGAAGCUAGCCAUGCCUCGCUAAGAUCGUCUUCACGACCUCCUCCGAGUGCUCCCUGCCCGUCGUGGAUCCGCCACCAGCUCCAUCUCCUCUCAAGUUUGGAACCAACAUGGGGGAGAGACGAGCGCGCUCCUUCCACAUGACGUGCCACCUGCAACGGGAUUACGGCAGCCGGCUGGGAGGCCCCUUCGCCCGAUACGGUCCCAACGGGUGCGCCGGAACCAGCCUCAGCCUCAGCCUGGACCAAGAGACGGACGCUGACAGUUCUCCGUCGGUGGCCGCCGACAACGAGGCUCUCGCGCUCAACAGCGGCCGCUACUCUCCCGUUUCACUGGAACUGGACCCGGCGGCGGCGAAUAAUGGAUCAGGCCUCCCCCGCUGUCCGACGGCGAAGGACCCGGCCUUGCAGAUCGCACAUGGCCAGCUGCCCGUCGCUCCGGCGCCGCUCCCGCCUUUGCCGCAUUCCAGCUGGCUGCACCGCCACCAAAAGGAGUUCCAGCGGCCGUACGUCAAGACGAGCAUGCAGGGCGACGUUUACAACUUCCUCGAGAGACCUGCAGGACUGAAAUGUUUCCUCUACCACUUCCUCGUCUUUCUGAUGGUCCUGGUGUGUCUCAUCUUCAGUGUUCUGUCCACAAUCGAGCAGUACGCAGACUUUGCCACCGGAUCGCUCUUCUGGAUGGAAAUCGUGCUGGUGCUGUUCUUCGGCAGCGAGUACGUGGUGCGGCUGUGGUCCGCCGGCUGUCGCAGCAAAUAUGCCGGCAUCAGGGGACGCCUCCGCUUCAUCAGGAAGCCCAUUUCAAUCAUAGACCUGAUUGUGGUCAUCGCCUCCAUCAUUGUGCUCGCCGUGGGCUCCAACGGACAAGUUUUCGCCACAUCGGCUAUCAGGGGCAUCCGUUUCCUGCAAAUCCUGCGGAUGCUACACGUGGACAGACAGGGCGGAACGUGGAGGCUCCUGGGAUCCGUGGUCUUCAUCCAUCGGCAGGAGCUGAUCACCACCCUGUACAUCGGCUUCCUGGGCCUGAUCUUCUCAUCCUACUUUGUCUACCUGGCGGAGAAGGACGCCGUGGACGAGGAGGGCAAGACGGGCUUCUCCAGCUAUGCCGAUGCCCUCUGGUGGGGCGUGGUGACUGUGACCACAAUAGGCUAUGGAGACAAGAUUCCUCAAACGUGGAUCGGCAAGGCCAUCGCCUCCUGUUUCAGCGUCUUUGCCAUCUCUUUCUUUGCUCUGCCGGCCGGUAUCCUGGGAUCCGGGUUCGCUCUGAAGGUCCAGCAGAAGCAGAGACAAAAGCACUUCAAUAGACAAAUCCCUGCCGCAGCCUGUCUCAUCCAGACGCUUUGGCGGUGCUACGCGGCCGAGAAACCCAAGGGCUGUGCGGCGACGUGGAAAAUGUACGUCCUGAGUCCAGAGGCUGCCGCCAUGGUGGAACCGGACAACUCCAGCCCCACCAUCAGGAAGUUGAACAUUUCGAAAAAGGGCCCCAAGAGGAGGCUGAAGUCCACGCGAGGCAACGGCUCCAUCAGCGUGUCGUCGGAGAGGGCCGUGUCCAUCCCGCAAAUCACCUACGAUCACAUCGACGACUCCGCGGAGAAGAACGACGUCUCCUUGUUCAUGGAAGAGCCGAGCGGCGUGCAAGGACUCACCAGAAUGUUCAAGCAAACAGGCCCCUGUCAUCAUUCUUGGUCAUCUUUCACCCUGAGCUGCCCUUCCUCUCCAGUGAAGAGGAGCCACGGCGAUAGCAUGUCUGUUGACAUUACCCGCGCUAGCAGCCUUACCGAGGAGCUGGACUGCAUGUGUGAGGAUAUUCCUCUCUCCGUGGUGACGGACAACACGCAGUUAUCUCACGCCCAGAGAUCCGCUGUGAAAGUCUUGCGUCGCAUGCAGUACUUUGUGGCCCGCAAGAAGUUUCAGCAAGCCCGUAAGCCCUACGAUGUGCGAGAUGUGAUCGAGCAGUACUCGCAGGGUCAUCUCAACAUGAUGGUGCGCAUCAAAGAGCUGCAGAGAAGGCUGGACGGCACACUGGGAAAGCCCGGAAUGUUCCUCCCAGGUAAAGGGGAAGAUAAAGAAUUCCCGACAAUCGGAGCGCGACUGAUCCGGCUGGAAGAUAAGGUCUACCAGAUGGACCAGAAAAUGGACUCGGUCCUGCGGAUCCUCACGGAGCAGUUUCCGCCCAAGCCCGAGCUGGCGUCCAGGCCCUCCAUCCGCAGGGUGACCAUCCAGAAGCGGAUGGCGGUGAGCAUCGACGACGGACCCUAAAGGUCUGUUUUUUGACGCGCGGAACACCUCAGAACGUGGAACACAAAAGGAGACGUCAAGAGCAGGAGAGAAAGACCGACCUCGCGGGGUCUAAACCUACCAUCCAACUCACCUUCCAAAGCCGUGACCCCUCUCUGCCAUUUAUUACGCGUGAAGGGAAUUUAUGUGUGCCCGCUCUUCUCUUCCUGAUAUGAUUCCAAAGCUAACGAGCAGGCAAUCAAAGCACUGACAUUCCACAAACGGGAGUUCAUGCUGCGGCGCAGGCAUUCCGCAAAUCAUUGUAUUUAUUUUGGCACCGUUCCGUCCACUCGCACGCACACACACACAGCCAUCUACAUUUAGACUGUGUUUGUUAGACUUGAUCGAAUAACAGCAGGGGGAGGAUUUCAUUCAGCCCACGCUAUCGUGUCCUGUUUGGAAAUACGACUUUGCGCCCAAGCCAAUAAAAAAAAAAAAAAAAAAGAAUUUUUUUUUUUUAAAUGGCCGCAGUCGAGACGGACCUCUUGGCAGAGGUCUGUUUGCUUGGGGAUGGUCCAAAUGUCCAUCAAUCAUCUUGAAGCAGCACCAUCGGGAAUGUUUUUUUUUUUUUUUUUACAUCCUCCAGGACCCGCUUUUAAGAGGCUUUUUGAAGUUGCGCUGAAACCCGAAUAACGUCGCUCCGAAAAGGGGGCAAGAAUUCGGUACGCAAACAGAAACUGGGUGCGACGACGUACACCAGGGCGAUUGUGGCUGCAAUGUGCUAUCGUAUAAAGGGGAAUUUGUGGCAGUAAAACUGAUUGCAAUAUUUGGAUGUGUCUUCACACUGAUUUUUAAAUGCGAUUAUGAAUAUUCAGUUGAAGUCCGAAGUCUACAUACGCUGUCCAAAAACACACAUUUCAUUUUUUUGUCUCUGUCUGGAGUCAAAUCAGAUCAGUAAGGAUCACAAAUAUGAUUUCCAUCCACCUUCUAUCGCUUCUUCGGGUCCGGUCACGGGGAAGUACCUUCAGGAGUGAUACCCAGACUUCCCUUUCCCCAGCCACUUCUUCCAACUCUUCUGGAGGGAUCCCGAGGCGUUCCCAAGCUAGCCGAGAGACAUACAGUAGUCUCUCCAGCGUGUCCUGGGUCGUCUUCGGGGUCUCUUUCCGGUGGGACAUGUCCAGAACACCUCACCAGGGAGCCCCCAGCCGCCACAUCUGGCUCCUCUCAACGCGGAGGAGUAGCGGCUCGACACUGAGCCCCUCCCUGAUGACUGAGCUUGUCACCCUAUCUCUAAGGGAGAGCCCGGACACUCUGCGGAGGAAACUCAUUUUGGCCGCUUGGAUCCAGGAUCUUGUUCUUUCGGUCACGACCCACAGCUCGUGCCCAUUGGUGAGGUUAGGAACGUAGCUCGACUGGUAAAUUGAGAGCUUCGCCUUUCGACUCAGCUCCCUCUUUACCAAAACGGACCGAUACAAAGUCCGCAUCACUGCAGACGCGGCACCGAUCCGUCUGUCGAUAUUCCGCUCCAUUCUUCCCUCACUCGUGAACAAGACCCCAAGAUACUUGAACUCCUUCACUUGGAGGAGGAUCUCAUCCCCGACCCGGAGAGGACACGCCACCCUUUUCCGACUGAGGACCGUGGUCUCAGAUUUGGAAGUCCUGAUUCUCAUCCCAGCCGCUUCACGCUCCGGUGCGAACCGCUCCAGUCAGAGCUGUAGAUCACGGCUUGAUGAAGCCAACAGAACCACAUCAUCUGCAAAGAGUAGAGAUGCGAUGCUGAGCACACCGAACCGAACAAAAUUAUUUCAUUUUGUUCAAUGCCACAAUAAUGAGAAUUUCUUGUAGAAUUUCAUAUUAUUUUCUUCAAGGUCAAAAAUUUGCAUACACUAUGGAGUAGCAUUUCCUUUGAACUGCUUGACUUGGGUCAAAUGUUUUGGGUAACCUUCCGCAAGCUUCUGACAGUACUCUGCUGGACUCUCCUGGGCAAUUCCUCUUGAUAGAACUGCUAGAACUUGCUCGCACGCACCUUUUCAGAUCUGCCCACAGAUUUUAGAUGGGAUUCAGAUCAGGACUUUGUGAUGGCCACUCCAAUGCAUUGACUUUCCUAUCCUCAAGCUACUUUUGAACCAUUUUGGUAGUAUGCUUACGGUCAUUGUCCAUCCGGAAGACCCAUUUGCACCCAAGUUUUAGCAUCCUGGCUGAUGUCCUGCAAUAUUGUCUUAAUAUCUCAGUGUAAUGUUCUUUCUUGAUAUUUUGCGAAAAACUUUUUCCUCCAGGUGUAACGUUGGUCAUCAUGGCCAAACAGCCCCAUCUUGGUUUCAUCAGACCAGAGGUCAUGUUUCCAGAAGUUAAGAUCUUUGUCUUGGUGUCUUUUUGCAAACUGUAUGCUGCCUUUUCAUGCUUCUUUAGGAGUAAUGGCUUCAUUUUCAGUGACUGUCGGCGCAGGACUCAUUUCACUGUAGAUAAUGACAAUUUCUUACCAGGUGUUUAGCGUUUGUUCUGGGGUUGAUUUCCGACCAAAAUACUUUCACCUCUGCGACACAGAGUCCAUCUCCUUCCCGAGCGGUGUGAAGGCUGGACAUUCCUGGGAGAUUUAUGUUUGGGUAUCAUUGUUUGAACAGAACGUGACGCCUUCAUGCAUCUGGAAAUUGCACCCAAGGAUGAGCCAGACUUGUGGAAGACCACAAUUGCUUCUUUGAUUUCCUGGUCAAUUUCUUCUGAUUUGACCAUGAUUUCAAACGAAGAAGAGUUCAUCCCAAGGUGUGCCAUCAAUUAACUCACGUCGUCAUUAAGCCUAUUAGGAGCUCUCAAAGCCACGACCUCAUCAUCUGUGCUUCCCUUUGUUCUUAAAUGACAUACGACUUUUUGUGUAUGUACGCUUUUGACCACAUAUUCUCUUAAGAAAUGCUCUCUCGCAUUAUUUUGGGAUUUAACAAAAUUAAAGAAUUUUGGUGAUCCUGACUGACCUGAAACUGGAGACGGUUAGUCUGAUUUGACUUCAGACAGUGAGACAAAAAAUGAAAUGUGUUUUUACAGUGUAUGUAAACGUCUGGCUUCAACUGCAAAUAGUCACAGAGAACUGGAUCCUGGUGUGUGCACCCCCUAAGGGGCUUGCCAUCAGCUGAUCUGAGUCCAUGUUUUCAAAUCGGUGUUACUUUUUUACAUUUUGUUUGGCUUUUCCUUUUUGUGUCAAGCUAAAACUGCAAUACUCAUCAAAAGUAAUGUUCCCGAAAUUGUUUUUAUGAGCUUUACUAUUCACUACAUUAAUUGUGUAAUAUACUUCUUUUACAGUCUGAUAACGUGUUAAUAUAUUUGUACAGUAUAUACAUGUUAUAUGUUCAUGUUACUAUAAUUUCAAACUCAUUUUCCAUUACCCUUGAAAAUAAACAGCUUAUGGAUCAUUUGAUUUUGCAUUCAAAUAGUUACUUAGCGGCGCAAACACAAGUCUCUUGUAACUUACGAUAACAACACAGGCUCAACUUUGCUCUUCUAUUGACAUACAAAUAUAAUGUAUACAUCGCAAAAUAGUUUAUUUCAAAAUCAUACAAAAUGAAUCUUAAAGAAUAAUGUCUACAUGCAUACGUUGCAAAGACUCUAAAUUUUACUUAUAACACAGGCUAAAUUUGGCACCUCCCUGACAUACAGAGCUUGUCUCUCAGUUGAGAUCUAUCACUCCCAACAUACUUCCUUGAUGCCAAUUACUACUUUCCGAUUACUCUGUGCUUUGGCGACAUCUUGUGGGAUCUUAGGGUGUGGGUGAAUGGGAAAAAAAAACAAUUGCUGAAUUUAUCAGAAAAUUAAAAAAAAAUGGAUAUUUGUGAACAGCGCACCACGAAUGUAUGGGCUCAACCGUGUUAUAAUAUUUAUCUCCUUGCUUGUAUUUAUUUUAAAGAUGCGUAAAACACCUUGAACAAUGCUCUAACCUCGUGUCCAUUUUCCUGUACAUUUGUAUAAAAUGUGUACAUAGAAAUAUUGCCCUAUUGCACGAUUGUGCGGAAACAUGAAGAGUGGAACCGGAGUCCGCCUGCU